AUGAAGACCCUGAUCGUGCUUGCCCUGAUCGCCCUUGUGGCCGUCAACGCCAACCAGAACGCCAAGACGCUGCGAUACGAGAACGUGCAGGAUGGCGAUGCGAGCUACAAAUUCGCGUUCGAAUCGGAUGACGGUAUCGCGCGCCAGGAGCAGGGAGAGCUCAAGAACGAAGCUGACGGCAUGAAUGUGCAGGGCAACUUCAAGUUCGUCGCUGACGAUGGCCAGGAGUACGUGGUGCAGUACGUGGCUGAUAGCCAGGGCUUCCAUCCGGAGGGUGAUCACAUCCCGAAGGAGUACGUUGAGAACGUGCCCAGCCUGUAAGGGAACCUUCGAGCCGA